AUCUUUAGCCGGACAGAUAUUUAUAGCCCCUGGGAAGUUUUUUCCGCCACGGGGUAGCCCCAGAGUUGGUGGCCGCCGAGUCCCGGCCACCAGCGGUGGCCUCCGCCCCUCCGGCCCGCCAUGCCUCGGGGCCCGGAGGCGCCGGUGCAGGUGUGGGUGGGCAGCCAGCUCUUCCAGGCGGACCAGGCCCUGCUGGUGGAGCACUGCGGCUUCUUCCGCGGCCUCUUCCGCUCCGGCAUGCGGGAGGCGCGCGCGGCCGAGGUGCGCCUGGGCGCGCUGAGCGCCGGCGGCUUCCGCACCACGCUGCAGGUGCUGCGCGGCGAGCGGCCGGCGCUGGCGGCCGACGACGAGCUGCUGCAGGCCGUGGAGUGCGCCGCCUUCCUGCAGGCGCCGGCGCUCGCGCGCUUCCUGGAGCACAGCCUCACGUCGGACAACUGCGCGCUGCUGUGCGACGCAGCCGCCGCCUUCGGCCUGCGCGACGUUUUCCACAGCGCCGCGAACUUCAUCCGCGACGGCGCGUGCGAGCUGGCGGCCGAGCUGGCGCUGCCCGAGGCCCGCGCGUACGUGGCGGCGCUGCGGCCCAGCAGCUACGUGGCCGUGAGCACGCACACGCCCGCGCCCGGCUUCCUGGAGGAUGCGUCGCGCACCAUGUGCUACCUGGACGAGGAGGAGGACUCGUGGCACACGCUGGCCACGCUGCCCCUGGAGGCCAGCACCCUGCUGGCAGGCGUGGCCACGCUGGGCAACAAGCUCUACAUCGUGGGCGGCGUGCGGGGCGCCAGCAAGGAGGUGGUGGAGCUGGGCUUCUGCUAUGAUCCCGAGGGCGGCACGUGGCGCGAGUUCCCGAGCCCGCACCAGCCGCGCUAUGACACCGCGCUGGUCGGCUUCGACGGCCGCCUCUACGCCAUUGGCGGCGAGUUCCAGAGGAUGCCCAUGAGCUCCGUGGAGCGCUACGACCCGACUGCGGGCUGCUGGAGCUUCGUGGCCGACCUGCCGCAGCCGGCUGCAGGCGUGCCCUGCGCGCAGGCCCGGGGCCGCCUCUUCGUGUGCCUGUGGCGGCCGGCCGACACCACGGCCGUAGUGGAGUACUCAGUGCGAGCCGACACGUGGCUGCCGGUGGCCGAGCUGCGGCGCCCGCAGAGCUACGGCCACUGCAUGGUGGCCCACCGCGACAGUCUCUAUGUGGUGCGCAACGGACCUUCCGACGACUUCCUACACUGUGCCAUCGACUGCCUCAACCUGGCCACGGGCCAGUGGACGGCGCUGCCCGGCCAGUUCGUCAACAGCAAGGGGGCACUUUUCACGGCCGUGGUGCGCGGUGACCUCGUCUAUACCGUCAACCGCAUGUUCACGCUGCUCUAUGCCAUCGAGGGCGGCACUUGGCGGCUGCUCAGGGAGAAGGCCGGCUUCCCGCGGCCGGGGUCCUUGCAGACGUUUCUUCUGAGACUGCCUCCUGGUGCCUCUGGGCCUGUGGCCUCGACGACGCCAGAACUGUGAUCCCUGGGCUGGUCUUUAGCGGGAGACGCCCGGAGUCUUCCCUGAGCCGUGGCUGAGUCUAUGAGGCUGGCCUUGGGAGCUGCUUAGAACUUCUCUCUCCGUGGUUGAAGCAUCCGGGUCUUGUGACUUCUGACGUGAACAUGUCCAGGAAGCUCAGGGAGUAACGACAACGCUGGGGUCUGAGCCCUUAUAUUACUUGGGCUCUGCCUAGAGCUGGACCCACGGCCCCUGGGAAACCCUGGCCUCACUGCAAGUGGAGAAUGUAGCAUCAGCAUGGGACCUCCUGGGCAUGGAGCCUCGUGUCAGGGCUGCCCCUAGCUGCCUUUUCCCCUGACCCACGUCGCAAGCCCUGGAGAAUGCUGCCCUCAGAAGUCCAGGAACUUCUGGCCCUGGACAAGCCUAGUCUGAUGAGUCACAACAAUAAAUCCUGACUUUUGCAUCCCGUGAA